GUAUGCUGACAGUGACGACGGCGGCGACCUCGGCUUAUAUGAAUGGUGUUAAGACCGAUGGCUGUUCUGGAAAGUAAUGCACAGUAAUCCUCUAAAAAUAGUGAGAAAGUGAAGUUCGUAUUUGAAUCUUCUGAGAGUGGAAUUUUUUUGUGUGAAACAAAUUGUAAUGCAUAUGAGCAAUAGUUAAUUAGCGCAACGCACCCUCAAACAAACUGUUCGAUUAAGAAGCCGACGAACAUGAACGGAGUAGAAAAAAAAGAGAAAAGGUUUUUUGAGGCCUAUACGUUGAGCAUUAACGUAACCAGUUUCAUCCUAUAUAAUUUUACUGUAUAUGACAUUUAUAUGUGUGUUGCUGUUGUAUGAGAAAAAGGCAUUUUUUGGCGGUGUUGUUAUGGAAUAUAUACUAAUAGACGGAUUUCUUUUCAUGUGUGCCUCCCAAAAUACAAAUUUGACAUAGUUUUGAAUGGCAUGACGUGGACUGAACCGAAUUUUUCGUACAGAUGUUGUUGCAUAAUGUUUUAGAACACAUAAGUGUCAAUAAACAUGGCAGAUAAAAUGAAAAAAGUUUUAACAGCAAAAGCACUGCAGGCGAUUCAAGAAUUAGAUCAAGAAGGUUGUGUUACCACCUUAGAUAUAGGUAUAAGAUUGGUUCUGGAGGGGUCCAGGUCAGCAAUGAUAGCAGAGGGAUGGCAAAUAUUGCACCACUUGAAAGAGUUCCAGCAGAGGACAAUAGCAGAGUUGCUGAAUGUUGCCUUGAUAGAGAAAUUACUGGGACUUGAAACAUCAUCUCGUAAUAGGGCAGAGGUGCCGACUCUUGUAGCGUGGAAUUUGAGUGUCUUGUCCUCGCAAGCCAUGGAAGAAGCUGUAGGAAGCCUUAUCACCGAUUUCUUAAGAGAGAGUGUCCAAGGUGAUAUCAAUGUACUGAUCAGUACGUCAAAGCUUCUGUGUGAAUAUCCGCGCUGCAUUCCAGUAGAUGAUGAACGUACAAGGCUUUGUGAAGUAGUGAUAAGAAAUAUUGCAGAAGUACCUGUGCCCAAGCCCCAGCCUGCACAAGUGUCACAGCUCAUUAAACAGAUGCAGUGCAUUGGGGAUCUGUUAGUCAGAGUUUGGAAAGACGAAGCAGGAAAGAGCAGUGAAGAACUCGUGUUCAGAUCCCUUGGAGCCCUGCAUGCAUCACUGAUUGACCUUCCAACUGAGCCCUGCCCCGCUUUGGCAGCUGUACUGCAUUUGGUGGACCCACAUCUCAUCCCAAAGUGCGUGAGAGCUAUUUUACAGGCCAAGCAGGGCCAUUCUCGCACACUCCGCACUCUGUGUGACUGGCUUCUGCGGUGGCAUCGUGCUGCCUGCCUGAGUCCCUGGGUUCUAGCCCUGAUGGAUGGCCUGGAGGCUGAGCAGCAGUGGGAUGUGUUGAAGGAAGUGACACUGGCAACUGUGGAAGGCUUGUUUCUGGCUGUAAUUCUUCCUGCUGUCCGAACUGGUGUCAUAGAAGUUGUAUGGCGUAUGUUGGCAUCGUCCAGGCACUCUCCUCAGGUUUUCCACAAGGUACUUAAUAAUCUCCCUACUGUUAUGGUGCGGCUGCUCCAAGAAGGCUCGGAAUCAAGCCGUGCCUGUCUCCAGAUGGUGGUGAACAUGACGUGUGCCAUGAUGGCUGCCUUUCCAAGGAAUGAUGACAUGUAUAAUCUGGUGAUAGGAGCAAUGAAGGACUGUUCAUCUUUCUUUCCUCCGGGGCAGUUUGUGUCUGAUGACAUGCCGUCCUGGUGGAAUGAGCUAGAUUACACCAUGAGUUGUAAAGCAAAAGAGCGUUCAUCUUUAAGCCGUGUGGGGUUAAACAACUUGGGAAACAGCUGCUACAUGAAUAGUGUGUUACAGGCUCUGUUCAUGACCCACAGGUUCUGCUAUGCAGUUUUGCAGAGUGAUGUGCAGUCACAGCCAUUACUCUCAGAGCUGCAAGCUCUGUUUGCACUCCUCCUUCACUCCCGGCGUCAGGCCAUCUCCCCAACCGCUCUGCUGGCAGUGGCAAGACCACCAGGCUUUCAACCCGGCUUCCAACAGGACAGCUCUGAGUUCCUUACGUAUGUGCUGGAUGUGCUGCACGAGCAAGAGAAGCUUGUGACUACCGUGUCAGACGUUGCUGUCGUAGGAGGCAGACAGCAUGAGGGAACUGAGGGUGGAGUUAUGACACGCUGGACUACAGAAGAGGAUCUCUCGAAUCAGAACAUCCUGCAGUGCAAGGCUACCUCUCUGGCUGAUUUCACACAGGCCACAGGUGAUGACGUGCAUCAGCUCAGCAAUUCUCACUCCAGCUCAACAGACAGCGGGAUACAGUCGGUGUGUGGAGACGAGGUGGCUGUUACGGCAUCUUCCCUAGUUCCAUAUGAGAGUUUGGUGCAACAGUGUUUCGGUGGGCGCUUGCUCAUCAGCUUUAAGUGCCUUGAAUGUCAAGCAGAAUCAGUGCAUACAGACCAUUUCCGAGACAUCCAGCUAGCAUUCCCUCCUGGCUGCAGCCCUGAUCAUGAAUUGCAUAUUCAGGAUCUGCUGGAUUACUUCGUAUUACCAGAACAGUUGAGUGGAGAGAAUCAAUACCAUUGCGACACGUGUGGCGGACUGCAGGAUGCUCAGCGAACGAUACAGAUCCUUCAGUCCCCAUCUCAUCUUGUACUCACACUCAAGCGAUUCCAGUUUAACUCAAAGACAGGACAGCGAGCAAAACUUCUUCACUGGGUUCAGUGCUCAGAAAGAAUUGAGCUGUCUCAGCAGUUGUACAGAUUAUAUGCAGCAGUAGUGCACUCCGGAUCAAGCAUGGACACUGGUCAUUACUAUACUCUGGCUCGUGACGAAACUCUCACGUGGCGGAUCUUUAAUGAUUCAUUGGUGGCACCGUGUAAUCCUCCUCCAUGGAACCCUCCAGAUGCUCCUUACAUCCUCUUCUAUGCUCGAACUGAAGAAGAGCUGCAGCCCGCCGUUGAUAUGUCGGCCCUGCCUCCGCUCCAGUCGCACCUAAUGGAACGUGUUCACUCUGAUGAUGUUGAGUGGCUGAAGGGAGAGCAGAGUGAGGAGAAGAGGUGCAGAAAACGGCGUAAGCAGCGUCCUUCACAUAGUCCUGCCCGGGACAGUGAUAAUGGAGGAAACCCUCCAGGUGGUUGUGGAGGGGGCAGCAUGGAUGUUUCUCAUAACAGGUUUGUGUUUUGAUUCUAGUGUUGCUGCUAGAGCUCUAACUUUAACUGUGUACAUGAAGAAACUGAUGAAUAAAUGAUGGUGCUGUAGAU